GGCGGCUUGGUUUGGUAGGCCUCGCGAAGGGGCGGGAUCGGCUGGGAGCCGUGUGAAUUCGGAGUGAUGCCUCCCAUUUCUCUGUCUCCGCCCUCCAGCCGCCGGGGAGAGUCGUGCGUGGACCACUACCCUGCCCACCCCUCAGAACCGCCGAGAAAGGAAUCCAUCAUGCGCCCCAAAUCUGACGUGUUGAGUCAAGAUGAGCUGCGCAAAAAGCUGUACCAGACAUUUAAGGAUCGGGGUAUACUGGACACACUCAAGACGCAACUCAGAAACCAGCUCAUUCACGAAUUGAUGCACCCUGUACUGAGUGGAGAACUGAAGCCCCAGUCCCUUUCAGUGGAAGGGAGCACCCUCUUAGUAGGUGCUUCUAACUCUCUAGUGGUAGAUCACUUACGGAGAUGUGGCUAUGAGUAUUCACUUUCUGUUUUCUUUCCGGAAAGUGGUUUGGCAAAAGAACAGAUAUUUACUAUGCAGGAUCUAUUACAACUCAUUAAUAUCAACCCUGAAUCCAGUCUCUACAAAUCACUGAUUUCAGGAUUUGAUAAAGAAAACCAAAAAGGUUUUCUCAUGCAGUUUUUAAAAGAAUUGGCAGAAUAUCAUCAGGCUAAAGAGAGCUGUGAUGCAGGAACUCAGACAAGUUCCACGUUUCCUAGCAACGACUCUCUUGCUGAGAAGCUUCAGGUUAUUGAUGAUCAGUUUGCAGAUGCUUACCCUCAGCGUCCAACGUUAGAAUGUUUAGAAAUAAAAUUAAAUGAAUAUAAGAGAGAAAUAGAACAGCAGCUUCGGGCAGAAAUGUGUCAAAAGUUGAAGUAUUUUAAAGAUACUGAAAUAGCAAAAGUUAAAAUGGAAGAGAAAAGAAAGUCUAAGAAGGAAGCAGCCGAGUUCUGGAACAAAUUUGACAGAGCUUGUCAAGCAAAAUCUGAAGCCCUGAUUUCUCGGGAAAAGAUGACCCUUGAGAGAAUUCAACAGCACCAGGAGACUGAAACAAGAGAAAUUUAUGCUCAAAGGCAGCUUCUGCUAAAAGAUAUAGUUUUGCUAAGAGGCAGAGAAGCAGAGCUGAAGCAGAGAAUUGAAGCUUUUGAAUUGGCCCAGAGGCUACAAGAAGAAAAGAAUAAAAGCGUGACUGAUGCUCUUAGGAGACGGGAGCUGAAUAUAAAGAGUAUUGAGGAGACCUAUGACCAAAAGCUCAAGAGUGAACUUCUCAAGUAUCAACUUGAAUUAAAGGACGACUACAUCAGUAGAACUAAUAGACUGAUUGAAGAUGAAAGGAAGAACAAAGAAAAAGCUCUGCAUUUGCAAGAGGAGCUCACAGCUGUUAAUUCAAAAAAGGAAGAACUCAAUCAUUCUGUAAAUCGUGUGAAAGAACUUGAGCUUGCAUUAGAGUCUAUGAAAGCCCAGUCUUUGGCAAUAACAAAGCAAAACCACCUGCUGAAUGAAAAAGUUAAAGAGAUGAGUGACUAUUCACUACUCAAAGAAGAGAAACUGGAGCUUCAGGCACAAAAUAAAUUACUUAAACAGCAACUGGAAGAGAGUAGAAAUGAAAACUUGCAUCUCCUAAACCGCAUAGCUCAGCCAUCUCCUGAGCUGGUGAUUUUUCAGAAAGAAUUAAAGAAGGUAGAAAAUGCUAUCGCGUUUGAGCAUAAGGAGUUUGAAAGCCACAAGCAAACUCUGCAGAGACAGCUGCACAGUGAAAUUGAGCACUCUACACGGCUAAAGGCCCAAAUACUAGAUUAUGAUGCCACUGUGAGGAGGCUAACUACGCAGGUUGCCGAGUUAAAAUUGCAACUGAAACAAACUCAGACAGCCCUAGAGAAUGAAGUGUACCGCAACCUGAAGCCAUCUCUGAUCCGUCAUUCCAUUGGUGGACUAAUGUUGCCUCAUGGCGAUGAUAUAAAUGGGGAUUUCUUGAAAAAUCCUCUCCAACAGGAAAAGCUGAUGGCAGGCACAGUUACACCAAGGAUCCCAAGUUAUCCCACUGCUAGCAUGGACGGUAGUUCCCCGGACUCUGACCUUGAGUUUGUGGCCAAUACCAAGGCAAGGGUGAAGGAGCUAGAGCAGGAGGCGGAGCGCCUGGAACGGGCUUUCCGAGAUUACCACCACAAGUUGAGUCGGCACUCCGUGAAGAGCCCGCUGCCGGCCCCCAGCCCACCGCCACCCCUGAACUUGCUAGCUGCUCUCAAGAACAUGACUUCAGUCGCCUCCGAAGGAUGUGUGUUUGCAGAGGACAGAGUUGUCUCUGAGCGGCUUCCAGUGGGCACGCUUAUAGAGGACAAGAGCGACGCAUCGGAAGCGCUGACGGGCAGUGCGGCCUCACGGCUACGCAGAGGCUCUUCCUCCAGACGCCUCUCCUCCACUCCCCUUCCAAAAGCUAAAAGAAGCCUGGAUGGUGAAAUGUAUCUGGAAGGUCUGGGCCGAUCCCACGUUGCUGUCCCCAGUCCUUGUCCUGACAGAACACCCCAGCCUUCACCUGCUGAUUCUAGGCACAGCCUUUCCAUCCAUUCUGUCUGCAGCCCUCUGGAGCAGAAGGCCAGUCUUUAUCAAAGACAAACUGAACUCCAAGACAAAAGUGCAUUUUCAAAUCUGGACAAGCUAGCUUGUAAGGAUAUUGAGGAAUUUGAAUCAUCUUUUCAAUGUAAGUUCAAAUAUGAGUAUUGGGUAACCAAUAAUUUCAAAAUUGGAGCUAAGCCCACAAGCUUGGCAAGGGCCCUUGCAAAUUGGGCCAGCGUUCAUUUGAAAAAAGCUGCUUGCCCUUUAUUUUCUGUCCUGUUAGGCAUAGAUCUGACACAAAUUGGAGAACAGAAUGAAGAAGAAAACAUAUGGGAACAGCACAUGAAAGAACAAAGGCACAGAAAAGACAGGAGGCACGGUGAACGGCAAGAAGCUUUAGAAAGGGAACGAAGAGGACUAGAAAAACUGGAUCAAGAAUGGAGAAUGAUUGAAGAAUCAUUGAAGAUUGAAAUGGAAAAAGAAUUAGAAAAGAGUAUUCAAGAAAUGAAAGACGAAUCUGCUUAUGAUGCAAAUACUUUAGAGAAAUACAUGAAAAUCAUUCAGCAGGAUCAAGACCAGGAGAUGGCAGAUAAGAGCUCAAAAAACAUGGUCAGGGAAGGCUCACAAGUGGACACACUGCCAUCUAGUGAUAAAGAUGAAAGUUUCCCAGGCCUUUUUCCUGAAGAACCUGAUGACUUUUGGUAACCACGUCUGCUCUCCAGCUUCUUACUCAGAUAACGUAACGGAAGGCCUUUGAGUUCUCCGUAAUAAGACACAGUUCUCAAUAAAAAUUUCAUGUGUAA